GGUUUAAACUGGAGAUUGAAGGUGGUGGUGAUCAGUUUCUUUUUGAGAAAGAACUUCAUUUUAUUGAGACCGACCUUGAAUAAGAGCGGUUUAAACCACUAUGGAAGCAGUGGUUGACAUAUUUAUGUCCUCCCUGUUCGUUUCUCUAGGGUUUAUGACAGAUGUCUAUUUUCCCUGUUCUAUAUUCUCUAGAGUUUUCCAAACCCUACGUUCAGUUCUUUGCUCCCAGACUUGUUUUUUGACUGUGGAUGAUUUCUGGGUGAUUAUAGUGAACUGUGAUUGGUUUCUAGGUGAUGAUUCUUGGCUGUGAAGUGAUUUCUUGGUGGUGAUUCUUGACUGUGAAUGAUUUCUGGAUGAUAAUUCUUCAUUGUGAGUGAUUUCUGGGUGGCUGAUUUCAAUCAGCUAAGGUUUUCUGCUUAACGAAAGGGCAGUUCAGGGGUUUACUUCUUGAAAUAGUGACCUGUUAAUAUCUCAUAUAUAAUGGAGAAGGCUGGAAGUGAAUUAAAGACUCAAGGGGAAGGUUUUUAGGUUCUGGAAGCAUGACUGAAAGUUCUUUUCAGAUUACUACUGUUAGGUUUGAUGGAACCAAUUACUUGGAAUGGGCCCAAUCAGCUAUGAUGGCCAUUAGAGGUAGAGGCAAACUAGGCUGUGAUUGGGGAUAUAAGGAAGCCAGCCAAGGAAGACACAUCACAUGCCAAAUGGAUUCAAGGGAACUAUUUGGUGAUGACAUGGCUAUGCAAUUCAAUGCAACCUCACAUUAGCCGAAAUUAUUUAUGGGCAAAAACAACCAAGGAGAUUUGGGAUAAUAUGAAAGAGACAUACAACCCCAACCCCUUAAUGUUGCUAGGGCUUAUGAGCUGAAGUGUGAAGUGAAUAAUCUCAAGUAAGGGGAGAAACCAGUCUCCGUUUACCUUGUUACUUUGAAAUCUCUGUGGCAUGAAAUUGACCACUUGGAAACAAUUGAAUGUGAAAGUUAGAGAGAUGCAACAACUUAUAGCAAGCUGAUUGAAACAAACAGAGUGUUUGAGUUCCUAGUCGGUCUAAAUUCAGAAUUUGACAUUGUAAGACAACAACUACUUAUCAGGGAGAGUGUGACAUUGUCUCAGGCCUAUUCACUAGUGCACAGUGAAGAAAGUAGGAGAAAUGUGAUGUUACAGUUUCAGCCUAUGGAAUCAGCCUUAGCAGCAACAAAACCAAAAUUUGGGGGAGAUAAGGAAAGGGAAAUGAAGAAGGAAUAUAAAAGGGAGAUAUUUUGUGAUCAUUGUAAGAAGCCGAAACAUACUAGGGACACUUGUUGGAAGUUGUAUCCUCAUCUUAUUCCAGUUAGACUCAGAAAUAAGAAGGGAAAUGCUAAUGUGGCAGUUACUACUGAUAAUGCAUCGUCUUCCAGCACAAGGACCACAUCCCUAGAUGCCCUAGCUGUUGUUCAAGUUGUCUUGACACAGUUGAAGAGUGAAUAUGGUACACAGAUAGAAGGAAAAGUGCAGUUGAUCACUUUAAGCGGGCAUUGUCAAUGGACCCCUUACUAUGGGCUGCAUAUGAGGAACUUUGUGUAUUAGGUGCUGCAGAAGAAGCAAAUGGAGUGUUUAGUGAAGCAGCAGCUCUUUGCAUUUGGCAGCAACUUUUGAACCCUGGAUCAAAUACCCCAAACUUGCAAAUUACCAAUGAGGAUCAUGUUGUAGUUUUGAAUAAGACCUUGGGAUCAGAAGAAAUGAGCCCUAGGCAAUUGAAAAGCAUGCAAGGGAACAUCUUUAGAGAUACACCUGGAAAUCAUGUAGCAGUUUUUUCUGGUGGACCUUCUAGUCAACCUUCAAGUGGUGGUUCUUCUAACAUAUCUCUUUAUGGUACUCCUUCACCAAUGCCAGCACAGUUAUAUGGUGUGGCUCCACCACCUUUGUGCAGAAAUGUUCAGCCAAACCUGAAUAUAUUGGGCGGUGAAAGCUCUCCAAAGUCAAAAAUAAAUACCACUUUGCAAGGCUCUCGAAGAAAGCUUCUUGAUGAAGGGAAACUACGGAAGAAAUUCUGUCUAUCUUCCGCUUAUUUUGGUUUAUCUCAGGUUUCAGGGAGGUUAUUUUCUGAUUCUGAGCCUAGACGAAGUACAAGACUUGCUGGAGAAGCGGCAAACACAAACUCAAAUUCCUUACAAGUUGGAACUAAUGGGUCUGGUCAUUCUUCUACCAGAUAUUUUGGAGGGCUUUCUUCAUCAUCUAAGUUGAUUUCAGCAGCUAUUCGUUCAGGCACAUUUUGUAAGGGACAGCCCAGUGCCAGUGAAAGUUUUGAUGAAGGUAGACGAUCUGAGUCCUUUGAUGACAGUCGAUUAGAUAAUACAGCAACAACUUCUUCUAGUGCAUCUUUGUUCGCUGAUGAUGGAUCUCUUGAACGAGAGAGAACAGGUCAACAGAUGGGUGGGGUUCUUGCACAUGGUUCAAGAGUUUCAAGUGGUAUCUUGGAGCUGCUUGAUCUUUUGAGAACUCUUGGAGAAGGCUACAGGCUUUCCUGUAUGUACAGGUGCCAGGAUGCAUUGGACAUUUAUAUGAAACUUUCACACAAGCAGUAUAAUACAGGAUGGGUUCUUUCCCAGGUUGGCAAAGCAUAUUUUGAGAUGGUAGAUUAUUUAGAAGCUGAUCAAGCCUUCACUCUUGCACGCCAAGCAUCACCAUAUAGUUUUGAAGGAAUGGAUAUAUACUCUACAGUUCUUUUUCAUUUGAAGGAAGAGAUGAAAUUGAGCUACCUUGCUCAGGAACUGAUCUCAACUGAUCGCCUAGCUCCACAAUCUUGGUGUGCCAUGGGAAACUGCUAUAGCUUGCAGAAAGAUCAUGAAACUGCUCUGAAAAAUUUCCAGCGUGCUGUUCAAUUGAAUUCAAAAUUUGCAUAUGCCCACACCCUAUGUGGCCAUGAGCAUGUAGCUUUAGAGGACUUUGAGAAUGGAAUAAAGAGCUAUCAGAGUGCUCUUAGAAUAAAUCCAAGGCACUAUAACUCUUGGUAUGGUCUUGGUAUGAUAUAUCUUCGCCAAGAGAAGUUUGAGUUUGCUGAGCAUCAUUUUCGAAGGGCUUUCCAGAUCAAUCCAUGCUCAUCUGUUAUCAUGUGUUAUCUUGGAACAGCUUUACAUGCUUUAAAGAAAAGUGAGGAAGCUUUGAAUAUGAUGGACAAGGCCAUCAUAGCAGAUAAGAAGAAUCCAUUGCCCAUGUAUCAGAAGGCUAACAUACUAGUGAGUCUUGAGAAAUUUGAUGAAGCUCUGAAAGUUCUAGAAGCGCUUAAAGAGUAUGCACCUCAGGAAAGCAGUGUAUAUGCACUGAUGGGUAAGAUCUAUAAGCAAUGGAAUAUUUAUGAGAAAGCAAUGCUUCAUUUUGGACUUGCGCUGGAUUUAAAACCAUCUGCAACUGAUGUUGCUACCAUUAAGUUAGCAAUUGAGAAGUUGCAUGUACCAGAUGAGAUGGUGGACAACUUGUAGCAUACUUUAUAGAAAAGUGCACAGAGCAAGGGGAUCUUGUAACAAUAUCCCUACAGUUUUAUAGGUGGGUAUGAAGAAACGAUUUCUGACAUGUUGCCAGACAGGCUUGUAUCAUUGGUUUGAACUUUAUAACAACUGCAAUUUUGGUGGUCCAUUUCUCCAAAAGUCGCAACAUAUGCUUUUCAAAAUAGUGGCGUAGAGCAUAACAUUUCGCUUAAACCUACCUUAUAGGAAUUGUGCCAUAUUUCCUGCCA